AUGCUGGUCCUGGUCCAACUCAAGCUGGGGCUGCUGCCGGCUUUGCUGGGGGGGACCGCGAUGGCAACUCAGCCUCCCCGUCUGCUGACCUUGCUGUCCUCAGGCCAGGGUGCUCUGGAUCGUGUGGCACUCAGCAGCCUAUUAAAUACACUGGCGGACCGUGUGCACUGCGCCAAUGGGCCGUGUGGAAAGUGCCCAUCUGUGGAUGAUGCCCUGGCCCUGGGCGGGCCCGAGAAGCCAGGACUCCCUGGGGGGCCAGCCCUAGAACACCGACACAUCGCCCGCCUCAGUGCUGCUGCUGCCCUUUACCUCAGCGACCCCAAGGGCACCUGCACAGAGGUCCGGGCUGGCCACUGGGCCACUCGUGCUGACCACCUCUUGGCCCUGCUGGAGGGGCCCAAGGCCCUGACACUAGGCCUGAGCAGGCUGCUGCAAAGGAUUCAGGCCCAGGCUGCUGGCUGGCCUGCUGCCCAGGAGGCCUGUGUGGACCUGCCUCAGCUGCUGGAGGAGGCAGAAGAGGCAGGAGCUCCCAGCAGCCCUGGCCCGGUACUGGCCGCCCUGUUGGACCAUGUCAGCAGUGGGUCCUGUUUCCGUGCCCUGCCGACACCCCAGUACUUUGUAGACUUUGUGUUCCAGCAGCACAGCGGCGAGACUCCCAACAUCACACUGGCUGAGCUGGAGGCCUUGAUGCAGCACCUGGGGAUAGGCAGAGUGGCUGAGACACACAGUGACCACAGUCAUCUGAGAAACAGGGCCAACCACCAGGGCCGUGUGCCCCUUGCCACCCCGAACAGCAGCUCCAGCCUGUGGGACACAGUAUGCCUGAGUGCCGGGGAAGUGAUGGCCGUGUAUGGGCUGUCUGAGCAGGCUGGGGUGACUCCAGAGUCCUGGGCUCAACUGAGCCCUGCCCUGCUCCAGCAGCAACUGAGUGGGGCCUGCAGCCCCCAGCCCAGGCCCCCCACCCAGGACCAGCUCAGCCAGGCGGAGAGGUAUCUAUACGGCUCGUUAGCCACACUGCUCAUCUGUCUCUGCGCGAUUUUCGGCCUCCUGCUUCUGAGCUGUGCCAGCUACAGCGCGGCCUCCCACUAUAUCAUCCAGACCUUCCUGAGCAUGGCCGUGGGCGCACUCACGGGUGAUGCUAUCCUACACUUGACACCCAAAGUGCUGGGGCUGCACACCCACAGUGGGGAGGGUCUUGGCCCACAGACCACCUGGCGCCUUGUGGCGGUGUUGGGUGGCCUCUACACCUUCUUCCUGUUUGAGAACAUCUUUAAUCUCUUGCUGCCCCUGGACCCCGAGGACUCAAAGGCUGGGCCCUGCAGCCACAGCCAUGGUGGCCACAGCCAUGGAGUGUCCCUGCAGCUGGCGCCCAGUGAGCUCCGGCCACCUAAGCAGUCCUGCGAAGGCUCGCGCACAGACCUGGUGGCGGAGGAGAGCCCAGAGCUGCUGAGCUCGGAGCCCCGGAGACUGAGCCCAGAGCUGAGGCUGCUGCCCUACGUGAUCACGCUGGGUGACGCCUUGCACAACUUCGCCGACGGGCUGGCUGUGGGCGCCGCCUUCGUGUCCUCCUGGAAGACCGGGCUGGCCACCUCGCUGGCCGUGUUCUGCCACGAGGUGCCACACGAACUAGGGGAUUUCGCGGCCCUGCUGCACGCGGGGCUGUCGGUGCGCCGGGCGUUGCAGCUGAACUUGGCCUCCGCGCUGACGGCCUUUGCCGGCCUCUACGUGGCGCUCGCUGUCGACGUCGGCGAGGACAGCGAGGCCUGGAUCCUGGCGGUGGCCACCGGCCUCUUCCUCUACGUGGCGCUCUGCGACAUGCUCCCGGCCAUGCUGCGCGUGCGGGGCCCGCGGCCCUGGCUUCUCUUCCUGCUGCACAACAUGGGCCUGCUGGCCGGCUGGGCCGUCCUGCUGCUGCUGGCCCUGUACGAGGACAACAUCACCCUCUGAUCCGCCCCCCGCCCCCCA